AUGGAAAGGUAUUAUUUAGUGAUAGCUCUGCUCUGUGUUGUUGCUGCCGCUGAGGUUCUUGAAGACAAAAAGGAACAGUGUCUGUGUGAAGAAACCUCUACACUUUCUCUAACAGUAUACAAAGAACGUCUCAGUGGAUGUGGACUGCUGGCAUUAAAUGGUUGCAAGGUGACGAUUACGUGUCAAUCAAAUUUUUCUCUAACCCUGGACAGCGAUAAGAGUGUGGAUUUGGACUGUUUGGACAAUACUACAACUGAUCUAUUAAUCUCAGAUAAAAGCUCAGUUCAAAUAAUUUUACAGUGCUCAGAGGAAACGGCAGCGUCCUUAGAUGAAGAAUCAAAUGUUCCAGUGCUGAGAAUAUCUCAAGUCUGCUCGAAUAAUUCAAACGGAACUAGUCUCACUACCACAAGCUCCGGGCCAUCAGAUACAACCCAAAAAGGUACAACAAAAAACAACAAUAAUGCUACAACUGAAAGCCCAGUAACCUCAUCCGCGGCCAACAGUUCUACAGAAGUCCCAUCCAACAGUUCUACAGUAACUCCCGAUCACUCAAGCUACUCCAAUACAACAGGAACAUCGAACUCAUCGUAUACCGCCACGGAAGGAACACCAAGCGGAAACAGCACACAGGAGCUGACGACAACGACACAACAUGCUGUUAGCUUCAGAGCCUGUUCCGGACUUCUGGUUUUGACGUUAGCUGUAAGCAGUUUACUGUAG